AUUGAUAUUGACAUUAGCCUGUUGCUGUCAGCAGUCAGCUCAUAAACUGAGGCUGGCCAAAACUUACUGUGUUGUUAUUGCUAAUUGCUACACUUGUUCUACAUUGGUUUAGUAAACAAAAAUAUUUUUAACAUAUAGAAUCGCUAAAACUUAUUACUUUAAAAUAAUAAACUAGUUGUAAUAUAAAAGUUGUUUGUAUUAAAACGCAUACAAAAUGGAAAAUACAGUCUUUAAUGACAGUACAGUGUGCUGCAUUUGUUUUGAAAUUCAAAAUGAAGCAAUUCCAUUAUAUACACAAGAAUAUGGGAUUCCGCUCUACGAGAAACUAUUGAACUAUACAAACAUUAAUUUAAAUAUUGAAGAAAGUAUAAAAGCUCUCAUCUGCAGACGAUGUUUGAACGAAUUAAAAGUAUGUGUACAAUUUUUAACUAAAUGUUUAAAGGCCAGUGAAUAUUUUAAACAUGCUAAGUCAACAGUCAAUGAUAUGCAUCUGAAUGUGGAGGCUCCUGAAGAUCGUAAGACAGAAUGCAAUAAUGACACUACACAAGCUAGUGAUGUUGAAGUCAAGCAGAUGAGGGAUACACAUGAUGAAGAUGUUAAUAAAGAUUCAGACUUCUCCUGCCAGUUCUGCUCCAAAGUAUUUACUCGGAAGUUUAAUCUGAAGUUGCAUGAACUGCGGCACGUGUCCUGUUCCUAUCCCGGCAGUGCUCGCCCCCGGCCCGCCCGCUCCUGUCCGUUGUGUCCAAAGUCCUACACCAGCUACACAAACCUCAAGGAUCACAUGAGAACACACACCGGUGAGAGACCGUUUGUGUGCUCCGACUGUGGGAAAGCUUUUGGAAGUAAAAAGAUAUUGAAUGAUCACAUGAGAAUACAUACUGGUGUGAAGCCGUACAUGUGUCCGGUGUGUGGGAGGCAGUUCACCACUAACAAGCUGUCGGCUCACAUGCGGAGACACGCUUCCGUGCUCGGCGCUACGCGUGCUCCGCGCGCCGCCUCGAGCACGCCCCGCGCCGAACGCGCGAGCAUGGCCCGCGCGGAGCACGCGUGCUCGCUGUGUCCCGCGCGGUACAACCACAAGCAGUCGCUCAACAAACACAUACGGAAGGUUCACGGCCUGAAUCCUUCGCAGGUGUGUGAGAGGAACGAGGGUGUCGGGUUCACUUGAAGAACCGCUCCAGAAAGAUAUAAAAUGAAACCAAAGAUAGAAUAUACUCCUGAGGGAAAUGUAGUGUUUUAUUGAUAAGACAGUGUUUGAUGAUCUUACUGUGAUAAAUAUAUGGGAUCUGAACUA